AUGGCCGGCUCGCUGGCUCCAGCUUGUCCGAGCUCCCCUAGCCGCCAGCGGUUGGCUAGGCUGGGCUGGCUCUUUGGCAGCGAAUGGAAAAACUGCGACUUUUCCCGACGACUUUUGAUUUCUUCACCUCAAGCCGACGCAUCUAAUCCUUCGAGCCACUCCGACUGGGUUUUGCGGUGGUCCGCCCUCGGCCUGGGUAUCUUUUACGGCUUCACCCACCAGCGAGCGAUUACUGCUUCCCAAAAAGCCGAGCAUGCGCAGCACGAGUACGAGAAGAAGGAGAAGCUUAUCCAGCAGGCCAAGGCCGAGUUUUCUAAGAAGAAGAACCCUACAUCUGGCGAUUCUGUCAUCACCGAUCCCUCAGACCCCAAGUUUGAUCUCGAGAAGCUGCUGUUGAAGGUCCAGAAGGAGAGCCCUUAA